UUAAAUUUAAAUCACGUCCCUAAUUGAAAAUAUAUUUAAAUAUGAAUUGAAUUGAAAGUAUUAUUAUGUUAUUCUAAUUUUAACAUAUGAAAUAUUGUUAAUACACCCACGAAUGCUAUUCUUUUAUACUCUUAAAACUAAUUUAUUCCAUUAAAAAAAAAUUACUCGUGAAUUAUUUGUAUACUGAAUAUCGGCAAGAAUGUCAAGAACCAUUCAACUUAUUUUCAGACUUAUCUCCAACAGUCACAUGUGUAAAAUACAAUCAUUCGGAUUGGAUCUGUUGACAAGGCACAAACAUUUUUCUACAUUAUUGAAGAGAAACAAUAAGCAGACAAUUUUAAAGAAUAGCAAUAAAAUAUUUCUGGAGAGAUAUGUGAGUACUGGCAGAGCCGCUUUGGGCGAACUGCACCCGUUCGACCCGGUGUACACUAACCUGAUCAUCGAGAACAUCUACAAGGAGAUACAGUCGUGGAUGUGCCAGCGAGUGGACACCACGGCGGACACCCAGAAGCUGCCAGUACUGGAGCGAGCCACUGCGCUCAACAGGCUACUGAUGAUCCACUGCUUCGACGUACUCCUCACCAGGGAUUGUCCCUUCUCCAAAUACGAACUCCAUUCCCCUGAUGAUGAGAUCUGCCUCCCUGCGAUUUGCGCCAUCAUCGACAAAGCCAAGCAGUAUCAAGGAAGCCACUUCAUCAUCGGAACCUUGCAAUACAGGAAAUUGGAUACACUUUCCAAGAUCUUGGACGUUACUCCUGAGAGUAUCUUCAUGAACGUUAUGAGCUGCCGAAGUAAGCUGUCCGGGGUACACACCUCUAUGCCGUACAUGGACGACCGCAAGAAGCCCGAAGUGACCGUGACGUUGGCAGGAAACUCCAGCUACUCCUCGACUAUCUUCCCGCUUACGCUUGGGGUAACUAAAGCGCUCCAACAACUCGAAGGCGACCAUGAUCACAGUCGUGUAAGUGUGGCCUAUUAUCUGUUACGAUUCAAACGAUAUUAAAGACAAAAGCAUAUACAGCAAUAUAAUUCAAACUUCGAGCGAUACCAACUUCUUUACUGGUGGUUCGAUACACGUUGUGCUCAACGAGGUCGAAGAAGAAUUAUCGAUGAAACAAGAGAAGGAGAAUCAAUGCAAAUUUUUAAAAAUAUUUGCAGAUUUUCUUAAAGCUCCGAUCGUUCACGUAAAAGCUGAAGACGUCGAUUCUGUCAUAAAUGUUAUGCAUUUGGUUGCAGAUUUUAAGAACACCCAUAAACGUGAUAUAGUCGUGAACUUGAUCGUGAACCAACCUGAGUGCUAUCCUAUAAAGCAGCUGUCAUUACCGGAACUGAUGGAGGAAUUGAUAACGAACGAAAAGGCUCCUCUUGCAGCAACUUACAUGAAACACCUCAUAGUUAAUAAGGUCAUUUCCGAUGUCUCCUACGAGAAGAGAAAAGAGGAAUUACUAGCUUCGAUUCAGGAAAUGUAUUCUAGGCACGAUUUUGUUGUCCUUGAGGACAAGGCUUCCAGCAUUACGAAAUCGACGAUUGAACCUCCAACAGCGUCCUCCUUGCAAGUACUCCACACGAUCGGAGAAGCGAUGAGCAAAGUCCCGGAUGGUAUGAAGGAAGAAACUAACAUUCACAUGUGCACAACGAAGAAGUGCCAAAAGACAAAUUUAUUGGUACAAGACAAUGUAUCGGGACUCGAAAAGAACAUUUUGACGAACGCCUUCCCGUUCAUGGGCAAGUACACUCUGUGCAAAUCCAACGUACCCGAGUACACGAUGGCCGGGUUCGAGAUGGGUUACUCCAGCGUGACCACCAACACCCUCAACAUCUGGAUGGCGCCGGAUGUCCUGCAAUCCUGUGUACUCCAGAGCAUCCUGAAGCAUUACCUCCUCUACACCAUCAGGAACGCUCCUUCCAGGGCUACCUUCGUCAUCCCUGAUUACUGUUAUGAAAUUUCUAAAUUGUAUAGAUGUGAAACCUGGCCUUUUACAUUAAGAGAUGAGCAACGUUUUAAGUUUUCUGAAAAUAAAGUAUUGCGUAGAAUAUUCGGACCGAAGAAGGAUGAGGUCACCGGAGAGUUCAGACGGUUACACAACGCCGAAUUGCGUGAACUAUAUCCGGGUAAUAUAAUUGAGGCUUGUAAAAUUGUUGGGCUUAGUAACGAGAGAAUUCCUAAAAGGUUAAUAUUCGCUGUACCGAAUGGUAAACGUCCAAGGGGUAGACCGAAGCGAAGGUGGAAAGAUUGCAUUAAAGCCGAUCUGAAGGGACUGGAUCUAGCCCAAUCCAGAUACCUAUCCUUCCAUAAUAAACUUCAGAAUCAUCCCAACCCUCUCGUUUCUAACCUUGCUUCCUCUUCGAUUCCUGAUAACCCUCCGAGGCGUCUGAAAAGAAGAUGGCCACUUUUCGAGAAGAACACCCGGAAAUACCAGAGCACGCUGAAGAAACACAUCAUCAACAUCUACCACGGCAUGAUGGACAGUAAAUCGAAGAACUCUAAACCACGUUGCACCAUUGUCAACAUUUCGUCACCUGCUAAUUAUUUCCAUAUUUUGAGAAAACAGGCAAAAACUCCUAAGAUGUGCCCGUUGGUGAUCUACGUACCGCACAUGUACAAAGUACCUCCCGAUUGUUGUUCCAACCUGGGACAAUUGUCAGGAGAAAGUAGCCAGUAUGUAGUAGUCCUAGGUCAACCUUCAUCUAAGACUCUUCCCCUCUCCUGUGGUGUCCCUCAAGGUUCCUCUCUAUCUCCUACUCUGUUUGCUAUUUACAUUAAUGACCUUCCCCUCAUGAUCCAUCACUUCUAA